AAGUGCUAUUUCUCAAUGAUUAGGACACCACAGAAACCAAGCUUGGGCUACCUGUGUCAGUACUGGUCAGUGGAUUGUGCUACGUGUAAGGAUAGGAUCAUCAAAAUGGCGGUUGAAGGUUACUUUUUCACUCCACUCGUACUUUUAAUCAUCCCCAAAGAAUGCCACGACGAAUUCUUUAUCAAGUUUAACUUCUUUCAUGCCGCUUGUUUCAAACUUGCAUUGAGUAAAGUUCUUGGUUAUGGAAUUGUUAUUGGGUCUUCCAUGAUUAAGAUCCCGCAGAUUAUCAAAGUCGCUGCUGCUGGUAGUGUUGUGGGACUUAGUCUGAUGUCAUUUUUGACUGAACUGGUAGCAACUACAGUAACAUCUGCUUACAGCAUGCAGAAAAGCUUUCCAUUCAGUACUUGGGGAGAGAGCUUUUUCUUGAGCCUGCAAACAAGUCUUUUGGUUGUCAUGUACUUUCACUAUAACCGUAGAUCAUCUAUGGCGGCAGUAUUUUUGGCAGUAUACGCUGUGUGCAUUUAUGGCCUUCUGUCUAAGUAUAUGAGUCUUAUUUUGUUGACUCAGCUCUUUUCUUUGAAUGUUCCCUUGAUGGCCAUUAGUAAGGUACUUCAGAUUGUAGCUAAUUUUAGGCAUGGACACACUGGUCAACUUUCAUUCAUUAUGGUUUUUCUUCUUUUCAUUGGAGCCAUUGCUCGUAUCUUUACCACUGUGCAAGAGACAGGUGAUACAAUCAUGCUUGCUACAUACUCCAUGACUACUAUUCUUAAUGGUAUUAUGCUGGCUCAGGUCUUGUUCUACUGGAAUGUUAAGGUCAACGUGGACCACACUAAAAAGUCUAAUUGAUAACUAACUUGAAAGUUACUUUAUCAUAUUAUAUUGUUAUUACUGGAAUUGAAAGUGGUUUUGAGGGUUUUAAUUUAUACAUAAUCAGACAAUAAAGGUUUUCAAAUAGGCUUACAUUCAUUUGUUGUUACAGCUUUAAUCUUAAACAAUCAUGUAUUUUACAGAAAUAACUUUUUUUCAAACCAUUGUUACUAAUAGUAUUGAUAUAAAAAUGUAAUGUAUGUCAUCGAAUGUCACUUUAAUAAUUAUAUUUUUUAUCAACAUGUAUGUGUCUCUCUGAGUAACAAUAAUUAACAUUAAUUAGAUUAGUUUCCAGUUUUCAACUGUUUAUGUGUAGCAUGAAGAGCAUUAUGUAGCUUAGGAUAGCUAGCAAAAUCUGGCAAAAUCGGAUAGCAAUUAGUGAGCCUCACCCAACUUCUGUUUGUAACAGUGAUAUGUUAGCAUAAUGUACAUGACAUACAUCAUCUGCUUCUUAUAGAUCAGCCAACCACUACUGAGGAGAUAAGCUAUUGUUUACAUACGCUGGCGAUAACAGGCAACUAAUUUCUUAAUUUUCUAAGUUUAACUUUGCUUAAAUAUUUUAUUUAUUUAACCACAUUAAAUCAAUAGCAGUGAUUUCAAGAUGGUUGGCUUACACCUACAUUUUUAUGUAAGAAACCAGAUAUUUUUGUCUUUUGACAUUACAUUUUCUUUUUUGUUUGAGUUUUCUUGGGGUGUACUUCAUGACCCUAACCAUUACUAAAAAAUGUAUUCUGUACAAAUAAAAAAAGAAGUAUUAUGUGUCCUAGAAUUAGAAAACAAGAAAAAAAAAAGGAAAUGUUUUUAAAAUUUAAAUUGAUAAGCAUUGCAGAGUACAAUAUUGGUAGAUUUUGGGUUUGGAAGUUCCUCAAUCCUCUCUUAAUUAGUUCUAAAUUUCUUGAAAUAUUUGCAGAUGCAAUAUUUUAUGAAUGAUUUUGCAAGAGAGAAAAAACACAAAACAACUUUACUAGGUAAAGUAGUAUCAACAAGCAAUGAAUAUUUUCCCUUAGUUAAGCAUUUUUCUUGCUAAUGUUUCAAAUGCUAAGGAGUACUGAUUAUGUCAAUAUGGUUUAAUAAAAACUACCAGUAGUGCCUUGUUCCCUGUAACGGUAUCAUUCAUCCCUGGUUUUUAAUAUAUAAUAUAAUGUUAA